AUGUCACUCCCGGCGGCUCACCUGGUCGGCCUGCAGCUCUCCCUCUCCUGCUGCUGGGCUCUCAGCUGCCACAGCACAGAGACAUCUGCCGACUUCAGCCUCCCUGGGGAUUACCUCCUCGCAGGUCUGUUCCCUCUGCACUCUGACUGUCCGGGCGUGAGGCACUGGCCCACGGUGACCCUCUGUGACAGGCCCGACAGCUUCAACGGUCACGGCUACCACCUCUUCCAGGCCAUGCGGUUUGGCAUCGAGGAGAUAAACAACUCCACGGCCCUCCUGCCGAACGUCACCCUGGGAUACCAGCUGUACGACGUGUGCUCGGAGUCUGCCAACGUGUAUGCCACACUAAACGUGCUCUCCCUGCUGGGGACACAUCACAUAGAGAUCCGAGCAGACCCUUCCCACUAUUCGCCUGCCGCCCUGGCUGUCAUUGGGCCUGACACCACCAACCACGCAGCCACCACUGCAGCCCUGCUGAGCCCCUUCCUGGUGCCCCUGGUGAGCUGGACAUGCGACGCCGAGAAGCUGAACCCCUCGUUUCUGCGCACCAUCCCCAGCGACAAGCACCAGGUGGAGACCAUGGUGCUGCUGCUGCAGAGCUUCGGCUCGGUGGUUGGUUCAUCCGGUGGUUGGCAGCUGACGGCCAUCACGCUGGGGGUGCAGGCGCUGGAGGAGCAGGCCACCCAGCAGGGCAUCUGCAUUGCCUUCAAGGACAUCAUCCCCUUCUCUGCCCGGCCAGGUGACGAGAGGAUGCAGGGCAUCAUGCACCACCUGGCCCGAGCGAGGACCACCGUUGUGGUCGUUUUCUCCAGCAGACAGCUGGCCAGGGUGUUCUUUGAGUCAGUGGUGCUGGCCAACCUGACUGCCAAGGUGUGGAUCGCCUCAGAAGACUGGGCCAUCUCUAGACACAUCAGCAAUGUGCCCGGGAUCCAGGGCAUUGGCACGGUGCUGGGUGUGGCCAUCCAGCAGAGGCUUGUCCCUGGCCUGAAGGAGUUUGAAGAGGCCUAUGUCCAGGCAGAUAAGGGGGCCCCUGGGCCUUGCUCCAGGACCUCCGAGUGCAGCAGCAACCAGCUCUGUAGAGAGUGUCGGGCUUUCACGGCAGAGCAGAUGCCCACGCUCGGGGCAUUCUCCAUGAGCUCUGCUUAUAACGCCUACCGGGCAGUCUACGCAGUGGCCCAUGGCCUCCACCAGCUCCUGGGCUGUGCCUCUGGAGCCUGUUCCAGGGACCGAGUCUACCCCUGGCAGCUUCUGGAGCAGAUCCGCAAGGUGAAUUUCCUCCUACACAAGGACACCGUGAAGUUUAAUGACAACGGGGACCCUCUCAGUGGCUACGACAUAAUUGCCUGGGACUGGAGUGGCCCCAAGUGGAACUUCAGGGUCAUUGGCUCCUCCAUAUGGCCUCCAGUUCAGCUGGACAUAAAUAAAACCAAAAUCCGGUGGCACGGGAAGGACAACCAGGUGCCAAAGUCUGUGUGUUCCAGCGACUGCCUCGAAGGGCACCAGCGAGUGAUUUCGGGUUUCUACCACUGUUGCUUUCAGUGUGUGCCCUGUGAGGCCGGGAGCUUCCUCAACAAGAGCGACCUCCACAGCUGCCAGCCUUGUGGGAAAGAAGAGUGGGCACCUGCGGGAAGUGAAACCUGCUUUCCACGCACCGUGGUGUUUUUGACUUGGCACGAGACCAUCUCUUGGGUGCUGCUGGCAGCUAAUACGUUGCUGCUGCUGCUGGUGACUGGGACUGCUGGCCUGUUUGCCUGGCACUUAGACACCCCUGUGGUGAAGUCUGCUGGGGGCCGACUGUGCUUCUUCAUGCUGGGCUCCCUGGCAGGGGGCAGCUGUGGGCUCUAUGGCUUUUUUGGGGAGCCCACGCUGCCCACAUGCUUGUUGCGCCAAAGCCUCCUUGCCCUGGGUUUUGCCAUCUUCCUGUCCUGCCUGACCAUCCGCUCCUUCCAACUGGUCUUCAUCUUCAAGUUUUCUGCCAAGGUACCCACCUUCUACCGUGCCUGGGUCCAAAACCACGGUCCUGGCCUGUUUGUGGUGAUCAGCUCAAUGGCCCAGCUGCUCAUCUGUCUAACUUGGCUGGCGGUGUGGACCCCACUGCCCACCAGGGAGUACCAGCGCUUCCCUCAGCUGGUGGUGCUUGAUUGCACAGAGGCCAACUCACCGGGCUUCAUGUUGGCUUUCGCCUACAAUGGCCUCCUGUCCGUCAGCGCCUUUGCCUGCAGCUACCUGGGCAAGGACCUGCCAGAGAACUACAACGAGGCCAAAUGUGUCACUUUUAGUCUGCUGCUCAACUUCGUGUCCUGGAUUGCCUUCUUCACCACGGCCAGCGUCUACCAGGGCAAGUACUUGCCCGCGGUCAACGUGCUGGCGGCGCUGAGCAGCCUGAGUGGCGGCUUCAGCGGUUAUUUCCUCCCCAAGUGCUACGUGAUCCUGUGCCGCCCAGAUCUCAACAGCACAGAGCACUUCCAGGCCUCCAUCCAGGAGUACACGAGGCGCUGCGGCUCCACCUGA